AUGAAUGUUGUCACCAAGCUCGACACUCGAAAGCCCUAUGCGACGCGUGCGGACUCCUUUGUCGGCGUGCCUUCUCGGCUUAGGAGUGCUCGCGAUCAGGAUCAUAAUGAGGCCGAUGGGCCUUUCCCUAGCUCCUUAGGGUCGGGUCCGACUCCCGAACUUGAUCACGAUUUAUCCGCGGUACGCGGUGGCUCGACUGAUAAUUCACCGGUCGCUGAUUCAGAAAGGAAAAUGAACAAGCAUGAUUCGUCAUUGAAAAGGGUGUUUCCAAAAAGGGUAAAGGACAAGGAGCACAUCAAGGAGAGCAUCUCUGAACCGUCCUUCGAGAAUAAACAUGCCGUCAGUGAGGAUGACAAGAAGCACAAUUCGGUGCAGAAGUGUUUAACGCGAUGGAGGAAGUGUAAGAAGCUGCGUCAUUCUCAGAAGUCGACGGAAACGCCAUCCGACCACGUGUCGGUCACCUCUGAAUAUUUGACGGUUGACCCAAGGAGUGCUGCCUCUUUAUUGAAGAACCUUCUGACAUGGACUAAGUCCCCGAAGCAUGGUAUUGAUAUCCUCUGUGUGUCGGAGGUCCAGCUCAUGGAGGUACGCGAAGGCUAG